ACAUCUAAUUAGCUCAUUAAGUCAGUGCUAUCCUUGAUUUGGGAUUAGUUACCUAAAAUUGUUAAUGAUGGUGUACAGUGGGGGUAUAUAUAUUUGCUAAUUUUUAGCAAAAACAAUUAAAAGCGAUUGAGCUUUCGUAACUUACACUUAUCAGUCUAGUAAUUUAGCUCAGUUUUGUUCGUUCAAUAUGUCUGUAUCAACCUCGUCUCAGCUGUUCCCCACUACCACUAGUGAGAUACAAUGGGACCCAGUUACCAGUAAUACAAGCACACCAAACCAUACGAAUUUUCUUGUGGAAGAAGCAAAGCCGUACAAACUCAUUCCCUUGAAUUGCAAUGGCGGCAAUGGUGUUUUUAACGUACCGAGACUGCCUCACGUUACCAAUGCUAACUGCAUCAACAGCCACAAUGUAUACAACAGCCCCUCACACUACGUCAACGCAGGCACACCCAACGGAUUGAUCAGCCAAGAUAUGAGAUUCCAGAAGACAUACGGAAUUCACAACCCAGUCAUGGUUCCUAACAUGCGAAACGGACAUGCGGUCUCUAAUGUCAACACGUGGGGACCAGUUACAAACGGAGAUAGGAUCCUAACACGACCAACUUGGAAUGUAAACAAACCUUCCAGUGGAGUAGUGAAGAAGCCGAAGCGAAUUCGCACGGCGUUCACGAGUCACCAGAUGAUGGAACUCGAAAACGAAUACGCAAGAACGCGGUACCUCGAUCGCAGUCGCCGCAUCGAGCUGUCCGAAAUACUCAACUUGAACGAGCGUACUAUCAAAAUAUGGUUCCAGAAUCGAAGAAUGAAGGAGAAAAAGGAUAGAUCGGAGAGUCUUGAAGACACUGAAGCUACCAGCACUACUGAAUCAUCGCCUGAAAAUGUUCCAGUGCAAAUGGUUAUGUUCGACCCAUAUCCUCACAACAGAUUAGAUCAUGUGGGUUAUGUGGAACACUUUCAGCCAGCAGUCCCUUCAGUUCCGGUGCAUAACGUGGGACCGUCUAUGGUUGCAGGCUGCCACGAUGUCAACAGUUGCUACCCUACAUAUGUGCUAGACAACACUCCGCAUAUAUCCCAGCAAUUUCAACAAAAUAAUACACCGUUAGUAGCUCAGUGCCAGCAAAUGCAUGUGCAAGAUAAUGUGCCAGUGUAUCCAACUGAUAACAAUAAAGAUAUAUUGAAUGUCUAUAAGGAGGAAAUGAUGGAAAAUUCCUCAACUCAGUCGGAAAAUAGUAUUAGUGAUGCCAUCAAAACUGACGACGACCAGAAUUGGGACUUGUCGUGGAUACGUAGCAUUCAUAUUGAAGAAGAACUUCCUGAACAAACAGAACAAAAUUAGUAUAUGAAAAAUCUACUAUGUAUAAAGUUAGGCUAAGCUUAUAUAUUAUUAAAAUUAGGCUAAGCUUUUAUGUAAAUAAAUUAUGUUUAAAAUAA